GGGGCGGACGGGCGGGGGACCGGGCUCCGGGCGGCUCCGGGCACCGCGCGCACACACCGGGCCGGCUCCCGAGGGCGCCAGCGCGGCCCCGGGGAGCGCGAGCGGGGAGCGCGCGGCCUGCGGUCAGCGGCCCAGCGGCCGAAAAGAUGGUGUCCUGGAUGAUCUCCCGAGUCGUGGUGCUGGUGUUUGGAAUGCUCUAUCCGGCGUACUAUUCCUACAAAGCCGUGAAGACGAAAAAUGUCAAGGAAUAUGUCCGCUGGAUGAUGUACUGGAUAGUCUUUGCCCUCUACACUGUCAUUGAAACGGUGGCGGAUCAGACCCUUGCGUGGUUCCCCCUGUACUAUGAGCUGAAGAUCGCCUUUGUCAUUUGGCUGCUGUCGCCCUACACUAGAGGGGCGAGUUUAAUCUAUAGAAAGUUCCUUCAUCCCCUGCUGUCCUCAAAAGAAAGGGAAAUUGAUGAUUAUAUUGUCCAAGCCAAAGAACGAGGCUAUGAGACAAUGGUGAACUUUGGGCGGCAAGGUUUGAAUCUAGCAGCCGCAGCUGCCGUCACCGCGGCCGUGAAGAGCCAAGGAGCAAUAACAGAGCGUCUGCGAAGCUUCAGCAUGCACGAUCUGACGGCUAUCCAGGGGGAUGAGCCCGUGGGACACAGACCCUACCAGACUUUGCCAGAAGCGAAGAGGAAGGGCAAGCAAGCCACUGAGUCAUCAGCCUAUGGAAUUCCACUGAAAGAUGGAAGUGAGCAAACAGACGAAGAGGCGGAGGGGCCGUUCUCCGAUGACGAGAUGGUGACUCACAAGGGGCUGAGGCGGUCCCAGAGCAUGAAGUCCGUCAAGACCAUCAAAGGCCGCAAAGAGGUGCGGUAUGGUUCACUGAAAUAUAAAGUGAAGAAAAGACCACAGGUGUAUUUUUAGGGUCUACACCUCGCCCAUCCCAAGACGAAUAAAUGUUCACAAAUCAACUUCAUUUUCUAACACGAUGUAUUCAGGACUUAACACUUUGAAUCUUCAGAUGGUGGCAGUGACAGGUUUUACAUAAUGACUGUAAAUGGUUUGUGUUUCUUUAACAAUUACUCUAAGAUUUAUAACUGCUAAACGUAGGUAUGUAAGGUUUGUUAAUGUAUGUGUAGAUACCAAAAGUAACAGAGAAUCACGUUCCUGAUGUCAACAACAACACCGAGCGCCUAGGCUCUAAGGAUAAAGCAGAGACCCAGGGUAGACUUAAAAAGUCUCUGCUCCAGGAUACACCUGCUGUUCUGGUGUUGUGUUCUGUUUACGUCAUCAGCGCCGCAUCUGUCACAGGAGAGUGGUGACAGCCACUGAGGAGCCAGCGUCAUUACCCUAGGAUGGUGCCCCGCCCUUUCCCUAAGCCUUAGAUGCUUUUCCACCAUGAGCUGAAAGUUUUUAAAGCAGAUUGUUUGAAAACCAGGUUGUCCACGUAGCACUUUCCUGGCUAGUUUUGCACACGUGAAAAAUGUUUACUUAUUUUACAACUGUACAUUUACUUUACAUUUUAUCGACGCUGUCUGUUUCAUUGUCAGAUUCUGACGUGUCAAGAUUAUGCCUUGAAACCGCAUCAUCUCCUUUUCCUAUGGUUUUGUUUCGUUUGGUAAAUUCAUUCAGCCCAUAUAGAAACAUAUAACUGUUAAAUUUUUACUCCUUUGUUUUGUUUUUUGAGAUAGGGUCUCUUACAGUCCAAGGAUAGACUUGAACUCCUGAACCUCUUCUUGCUUCCAACCAAACCGUUAAUGGGAUAACAGGUGUCAUCACACCUGGCUAAUUUUAACUGUCUUUUCAAUUAUAUUCUUGACAUCUGAGAAGUUAUCUUAAACAUUAACCAGUUUCCAUAGUUGAAUUCAAUGUGGUUUUUAUCAACAGCAAAUUACACUAUUCUAGGGUUCAAAUAAAAAAAGCUUUUGGGGGCCAGAGAGGUGGUUCAGUGGUUAAGAGCACUGGUUGUUCUUCUUCCAAAGGACCUGGGUUCAAGUCCCAGCACCCACAUGGCAGCUCACAACUGUCUGCAAUCCAGUUCCAAGUGAUUUGACAUCCUUACACAGAUAUGCGUACAGGCAAAGCACCUGUGCAUUUAGAUAGAUAGAUAGAUAGAUAGAUAGAUAGAUAGAUAGAUAGAUAGAUAGAUAGAUAGAUAGAUAGAUAUCUUUUGUGGAAGAGGCACAGACCAAUCUAGCACUUUGUGUUUUCUAACUCAUAGAUCUCCCAGUGUCCGGACUCUGUUCCCAAGCUCGGCCGAGUCACAUGCUGCCUUACAGACCGAGUCACAUGCUGCCUUACAGACCCGGCGGUGACUAACAUCUUUUAGAUCUUAGAUCUACAUAGCACAGGCUUCCAGGAAAAGGCCAUCUUUUUCAUCUAAGAGAUGAACUGAACUAAGAGGGAUUGAACUAAGCACUUCUUAGGCUGCCUACGUAGGCGCCUACUGGGCGUUGUGGACACUAAAUCAUAUUAGGGGUGAUGAAUAAUCAAAAUUUCAAUAUCAAGCAAUAUUUACAUGGGGGGUGCCUGAGUGGCAUCCACACACAACCUCAAUUCAAUUUUUUUUCCUCCCAAAUUUAAUCUCGUAUCUCCAUCUACUUUGCUUUGACUGAUAGCCUCUUCGUUUCUGGAAGGAUUGUUUAAUUUCUAUUCAAACAUCUAUUUUGUUUGUUUGUUUGUUUGUUUGGAUUUGUUUUUUGUUUUUUUUUUGUUUUUUUUUUUGAGACAGGGUUUCUCUGUGUAGCCCUGGCUGUCCUGGAACUCACUCUGUAGACCAGGCUGGCUUCCAACUCAGAAAUCCGCCUGCCUCUGCCUCCAGAGUGCUGGGAUUACAGGCAUGCACCACCACCGCCAGCAUCUAUUCAAACAUCUAUAAAGACCUGUAAUAAAUUAUUGGACAGAAUUAAUUUUUAUUCCUGUUGCCUGGACCAGCCCUGCUCUGAACCAAUGCUGUGCAACAUGGGUGUUUUCCCUGCAGAGGCUGGGUUACCUGAUAAGGCGAUUUGAUGAGUAAGUUGCUUUGUCUACAUGGGGACAGAUUGGCAAGAUUGUAUAGUUUUCAAGUGUCUCAGUGUUAAACUUACCCUUUGGAGCUACUGGAUAGAUACCAUGCUUGAGGUAAUCAAGGCCUUGAGUUCAAUCCCAGAACAAACAAAGGAGCAAAAAAAGAUAGUUAAAACAAACCUACCUAUUAUUUAAUGAGUUUGUGUACUAUUUCUUUCUUCUUUCGAUUUUUUUUUUUUUUUUUUUUUUUUUUUUUUAGGGAGGGGGUAUUGUUUCGUGAGACAGUGUCUCACUGUAUAGCCCUGGCUGUCCUGGCAUUAAUUCUGUAGACCAGGCUGGCCUCAAACUCACGAAAGUUCCACCAGACGCUGCCUUCCAGAUGCUGGCAUUAAAGGUGCACACCACACAACACAAGUCUUAAAACACAAGUUGUUUUGAGACGAAGCCUCACUCUAGCCAGCCCAAAAUGCACUAUGUAGCCCAGGCUAGCCUCAAAUAUACGGACACUCUGGAUGCUUCAGCCUUCUAAGUGCUGAGAUUAUAGGUGUGGGGCUCCAUACCAUAUUUCACAGGCUUUUUAAGUUGGGAGAAUUAUCAUAUUCUAGACAUGCUCAAGCAAAGAUACAGCCUGAUUCUGAACUAAUUCCGACUGAUCUGCUCACUACAGUUCUCCCUCCCAGUCCCUGCUCGGGCUUGUCCCUGCUGUAGACAUGCUCACGUGCCCUUGAUGACUGUCCCCAUGGUCUCAUGUCAUAGCACGCCCUUUUCUUUGAACUUUGUAUAGUGAGCUAAAGUGCUUUUUUUAUUCUGUUUCUAUUAAAGAGGAACGAGUCACAUUGUUUCUCUGCUUUUGAAUCUUUUUUUUUUAUUAGAGAUGUAAAUUUAUUCAGACCACAGUGCCUUGACUUACCCACACUGCCAAUUGGAGGGCCAGCAUGUGAUGUACAAACCUGUUUAAGGCACUGUUUCUCUGCCUUUUGACAUUUAUCCAAAAAUUAUAACCUACGAGUAUUUCAUCUUAGUAUCCAGUCAUUCAAUGUGAUCACUAACAAUUAACAUUCCCCGUACUUAACUGUUGUCUAAGUAUAAAAAUUGAUAUGUCUAUUCUCUCUCUCUCUCUCUCUCUCUCUCUCUCUCUGUCUCUCUCUCUCUCUCUCUCUUAUUAAAAGGAGCUGUAAGUAUAGCUGGAGAAAUGACUCCAUGUUUUAAGAAUUGCAUACUGUUCCUGCAGAGGACCCGGGUUCAGUUCUUAGUACCUAGGCGUUUAGUUCACAACUGCUUGCGGUGCCACCUCCAGGGGAUACGACACCUUCCUCUGAUUCCCAAGGGUGCCUGCACGCAUAUGACUAUACCUUCUCACAGGUACACAUACACAGACACACAUUGGAAUUUAAAAAAAAAAAAUCAUGUGAAAAACAAAAAGGUACCAGAAAUAAGGUGAUUACUAAAUAAACAAUUAUCUAAAACCACCUCAGUCCCCCAUAGGUCCCCUCCACACACCCUGUAUGUGUUUGUGGGGCUAAAAGAAAAUGGGAUCUUGUUAUCGUUGCUAACAACGAACACUUCAGCACAUGGAGGGACGGAGCAGAACUAACUCCGGCUGUUUUCAGGGAUCUUACUCCACGUGUCACCACCAAAGACUUCCACAGUGUUAGAAAGCAUGUAAAUACUCUAAAAUGAUGUCAACCCUUGGCUAACAUGUAUCUUUUUUCUUUUUUUGUACUUUUGGAGACAUGUCUAAACCUUUAUGGUAUUGCUAUAAUACUGUCUUAUAUUAACUAGAAGGUUUUUUAUUGGAAUAGUGUCUUAAACACAGAAAUCUGAAUACAGAUUCCAAAGCUGUUUCCCCUAACCUCUCCCUUGUAGGUUGAUUUACUUGUGAGACAGGUAAAUUUUGGGAGAGCCAUUGCUUUGUGGUUUGUAGUAUUUCUUAAGAAACAUACCCUAAGAUUAAAGUUUCCUGAAAAGAAAGUAUCUUUUUCCCUAAGUACUUCUAAGAUUAGUCUUUUGGCUGGCAAUUCUGCCAAUUAACCUUGACUUAACAUUCUUUUCUUCUAAUAUUUUUUUAACUCUGUGUACUUUAAUACUUUAAGCAGAAAUAAUUUUUAUAAUAUCUCUGUUAAAUCUCAAGCCCCCAUGUGGGGGUGGCUCUGCAUGUGUGUUUUGGGAAACUUUUACAAUAAAGUAAACUCAUUUUAUUAAUGGCA